UCCACUACCAAGUUCCACUAUCAUUACCAACAAGAAAAAUGAAGAUCUUCAACUGGGUUCACCGAAGGUUCAAUAACAAAGCGGAAAAUGUGAAGAAAAACAGCGACAUUGCCAGGGCGGAUGAGCAGCAGUUUGUGGGCGAAAACGAAUGCGACGUCGUUUUGGAGAGCUGGAGAGGAGGAAUUCUUGCCAUUGGAACAUUCGGCUACGAUCCGUUGAAGCAUCAAAAUCAACAACUUACUGAGGCUUACUUUUCCGAGGAUGAUUGUGAUGAUGAUGAUGAUGUUGAUGAUGAUUCCUCAUCCCUCAUAGAUCAACGUGGCGGCAAUCCGUUGGUUCUAGCGGAGGAGGAAGAGGAAGAGGAAGAGGAAGAUGGAGAGCUUGAGUUUGGGUUUGAAUAUGUAAUGAUGAAGAAGAAGGAGAGAACCACUCUGGCAGAUUUGUUCGUGGCGGAUUGCGAUGAGGAUGAAUGCGGCAUUGCCAAUGCCAAGAGCAAGUCCCACCAUUUACCGACACAGAAAUCGAGUCGGAAGCACGCGCCCUCCUUCGCCCGCACUGCCCGCCCCAUCCACAAACUCAACAAACUGAUGCGGAGAAUGUUGACAAGAAAGAUCCAUCCUGAAUUAGUAGGACCCACCAAUCCUAAACUACCGGCCUCAGAUAAUUAUGAUUAUAACUACUGUUAUAAUUAUGCUAAUAAGAGCCUGGCUACUGAUGACUCCGCCUCGCUUCUUCCCACUAAAGACAUCAAUAUAUAAUGAUUACUUCAUGAAUAGUGUAUGUGAGACAAGGUGCAGCCAUGAAGAAUCCUUGGCUCUUUUUAUCAGAUGCAAUGCAAGUGUUUGUACUCUCGGAUGAUGAACAUUUAAUUGUUUGAUUAGAUGAUAGAUGCGUGUUUGUAUUCUGCUAUUUCUGUAACGUACGAUUCCAUGAGGUUUGGAGUGCUAUUAUUCAAUUUGAGGUUCCCAUUUUCAA